UUGCUCCGCCUCUCACGCCACCAUCGCCGCCGCCGCCGCCGCGGUCUGUCGCGACCUGUGCUAAACGCGUGCGGCCCAUGGUGCUUUCCCGGGGAGCCAUGGCUGCUUUCCGCUUGGCCCUCAUUCAGCUUCAGGUUUCUUCCAUCAAAUCGGAUAACGUCACUCGAGCUUGUGGCCUUGUCCGAGAGGCAGCAGCACAAGGAGCCAAAGUCAUUUCUCUGCCGGAAUGUUUUAAUUCUCCAUAUGGCUUGAAAUAUUUUCCUGAAUAUGCAGAGGAAAUUCCUGGUGAAUCCACACAGAAGCUUUCUGAAGUAGCAAAGGAGUGCAGCAUAUAUCUCAUUGGAGGUUCCAUUCCUGAAGCAGAUGCUGGGAAAUUAUAUAACACAUGUGCCGUGUUUGGGCCUGAUGGAAAUUUACUGGUAAAACACAGAAAGAUCCAUCUGUUUGACAUUGAUGUUCCUGGGAAAAUUACAUUUCAAGAAUCUAAAACAUUGAGUCCUGGUGAUAGUUUCUCCACAUUUGAUACUCCUUACUGCAGAGUAGGCCUGGGCAUCUGCUACGACAUCCGCUUUGCAGAGCUUGCGCAAAUCUAUGCGCAGAGAGGCUGCCAGCUGUUGGUAUAUCCUGGUGCUUUUAAUUUGACCACUGGACCAGCCCACUGGGAGUUGCUUCAGCGAGGCCGGGCUGUUGAUAAUCAGGUGUAUGUGGCCACUGCAUCUCUUGCCCGGGAUGACAAAGCCUCCUACGUUGCAUGGGGACACAGCACUGUUGUGAAUCCUUGGGGGGAGGUCCUAGCCAGAGCUGGCCCCGAGGAAACAAUCGUGUAUUCAGACAUAGAUCUGAAGAAGCUGGCUGAGAUACGCCAGCAAAUCCCCAUUUUUAGCCAGAAGCGAUCCGACCUCUAUGCGGUGGAGGCAAAAAAGCUCUGAAGUUUAGUUUCCAGUGUGUCACGGAACAAGAAGAUAUGAUUCUGGAACAUAAUCAACUCCCUACUGAAUUUUUUAAUGGAGA